AUGGUUGUGGAGGCGAUGAGUUCCUGCCAAUUUUGGUAUUUCGAUGAUAUCACAAAGUAUGGUAGAAUUGAAGUACUAAACAAUUACGUACCGACAACGCUGGUGACUAUAUCAAUACUGAUACUUUUGCAUAAUUUUUUCAUCCGGUUUUACAAAUAUGAUAUAAAGAAAGAAACACCUACACCGAGCCUGUCAUUGAAACUGAGCUCAUUAAACUUAUCAGAAUCUGAUGAAGAGAUGCCUUUGACAAUGCACGCACAACACAAUUACGGUAGUCACCCUUCACCAAGUGAACUGAAUACCGAUAGCUCAGCAUUGUAUGAUAGACAUUUCUCCAUAAAUAACAUUGAUUCAGGUGAGGUUAAUGACCCAACUAAAUACCAUCUUAUCAAACGUAAUAUGUUUGAAAAAUUCAGAGUGGUAAUAGAAUUUGUAAUUGUAGCAUUCCAAUUACUACUGCAUUGCUACCUCUCUAUUGAAAAAUCUAACUUAAAUGGAGACUUACAGAAAUUCCAUUUUAAGCCACACGUGUUGUUGUGGACAAUCUUGUUCACGCUAGCAACGUUACGGGUAUUGAACUUGAAUCAAAAUAACAAGUUUGUUAAUAAAUACUCGGGUAAUAUUUGGUUAGUGUCAUUCGCUAACUACACGGUGAUCUUCUUAGCUCACAUUUUACCUUUUAGAUCGGCGCUUAUUGGGCAUGUAAAUGACUACGGUAGCUCACAAUAUUACAAAUCUCAAUUCUGGUUGAACCUGGUUUUAAUGGCACUGUUAUUGACAUCUCCAAUUGGAAACAAUCUGCCAGUGCUUUACCAACCACAACAGGAUAGAGCACCUUCCCCAGAACCAUACGUCUCUUUACUGACGUUUUUCAGUUUCCAUUGGGUUCAACCUUUCAUAAACAAGGCUUACAAGAAUAACAGUUUGUCACAUUCUGAUCUGUGGUCUUUGAAAUUGGAGGACUACUCAAUUAAUGUGAUGAAAAGUUUUCUCGAAUUCCGUAACAGACCUUCAAUGAGAAGUUCAAGAUUUGGUAUUUCUUUACUAAGAUAUUUCUUAAACUUAUUUAUGUUUCAAUGGUGCUUCACAACUAUAUCUGCAUUUUCAAUCUUUGUGCCAACUAUCUUGCUGAAGAAAUUGCUAGAUUUCAUUGAGCAUAAGGAUAAAGGUUCUAUGAACCUUGCAUGGUUCUAUGUCUUUGGAAUGUUUAUUUCAAGGUUCAUUGUUGCAAUUUGUGACCAUUGUAACUUGUUCUUGGGGAGAAGAGUCUGUGUUCGAAUGAAAAGUAUCAUUAUUUCAGAAAUCUACAGUAAAGCUUUGAAAAGAAAGAUUACUAAACAAUCAAAACCAGCUGACGAAAAUAAUGAGAAUGAUAUGAUAAAGCAUGACGAAGUGUCACCCCAGGAGGUAAAUGACACCACUCAUGUUAAUGCAGAUGAGGAAUCCUACUCUUCCAAUUUAGGAUCCAUUAUUAACCUAAUGUCAGUUGACGCCUUCAAGAUAUCAGAAUUGUGUGCUUACUUACAUUAUUUUUUGGAAACAGCUAUUAUGUUGACGGUUUCCUUGAUUUUGCUGUACAAGGUUAUUGGUACAGCUGCUUUUGUUGGUAUUUUAAUCACUAUUAUUAUCAUUCCUAUUAAUUCCAAGUUGUAUGCCGUUGUAGGCACAUUGCAAGCAGGUAACUUAGCAUGCACAGAUAAAAGAGUCGAAAAAUUGAAUGAAUCUUUCCAAGCCAUUAGAAUCAUCAAAUACUUCUCUUGGGAAGACAAGUUCAAGGAAGGUAUCAUGCUUGUUAGAGAAAAGGAAUUGGCUUUGCUGUUGAAAAGAUGUAUGGUCUGGUGUGUACUCGCAUUCUCAUGGUUUAUCACUCCAACAUUAAUUACUGGUUGUACCUUUGCUUAUUCUAUUUUAAUUGAGAAAAAGCAACUAACAACACCUGUCGCUUUCACUGCACUUUCUUUAUUUACUUUAUUGAGAGAUCCAUUGGAUAGAAUUUCCGAUAUGUUAAGUUAUCUGAUUCAAUCAAAAAUAUCUUUGGACAGAGUUCAACGUUUCUUGGAAACAGAAGAGACUGAUAAGUACGAUCAACUUACCGUAGAUAAAAACGGUAAGCGGUUGGCAUUUGAAAAUGUAACAUUGAGAUGGGACAGCGAUAAGGAUUCGUUUGUAUUGAGAAACUUGGAUAUUGAGUUUAUGACUGGUAAGCUUAAUGUUAUUGUUGGUGCUACAGGCUCUGGUAAAACUUCGAUACUUAUGGGUUUAUUGGGUGAAAUGCAAUUGUCUGAGGGUAAAAUAAUUGUUCCAAGUUUGUCUCCUAGACACGAAUAUCAAUCACAAGCGGGUGUGAUUAAUGAUUCUAUUGCCUAUUGUUCACAAGCUGCCUGGUUAUUAAACGACACUGUCCGUAAUAAUAUUUUGUUCAACGCUCCAUUCGAUCAAGCCCGUUAUGAUGCUGUCGUAGAAGCAUGCAGUUUGAAAAGAGAUUUCCAGAUAUUAAAAGCUGGAGACAGUACUGAAAUUGGUGAAAAGGGUAUUACCUUGUCAGGUGGUCAAAAGCAAAGAGUAUCCUUAGCCAGAGCUCUUUACUCCAGUGCAGGUCAUUUGCUUCUAGAUGAUUGUCUAAGUGCUGUUGAUUCACAUACUGCGUUAUGGAUUUAUGAUAAAUGCAUCAGUGGUCCAUUGAUGGAGGGUAGAACCUGUAUCUUAGUAACACAUAAUAUUGCAUUGACAAUGAAGAAUGCAGAUUUCGUUGUCAUGAUUGAAGAUGGUAAGGUUAAAGAAAAGGGUACACCCAUUGAGCUUCUUGCCAAAGGACUACUAGGUGAGGAUGAAAAUAUGAAGAAAUCAAUUAUCUCAAGAAGUGCUUCUUCCGCCUCAUUAAAGGGUAAAUCAGAGAGGUCUCUGGGUACUACACCAGCUCCUGUUGAAAUUGUACAAGACAGUACGCCUGUUAAUGAUGAUGGUAAAUUGAUUGAAGAAGAAGGUAAAGCAAUGGGAUUUGUUGGAAAGGAAAUUUACAAAUGGUACAUAAAGAUGUAUGGUGGUUGGUAUACAAUUGUUGCCUUAGCAUCCGUCUUUACUGCAAUUUUGUGUUUGCAAAUUACACAGGCCUGGUGGAUACGUAACUGGACUGUGAAGAGGUUUUCAGACGUCGAUGAGAGCAAUUAUAAUCUACCAGCAAGUACAUUUAUUGUAGAAAGCAGAAAUAGAGUGCUUUUAACUAAUGAAGCUGGUAAGAAAGAAUCAGAAAAUCAGAAUGCAGGAAUAGCCAAAUUUCUGGUAGUUUACUGUUUAAUAGGUGUUAUGUCUUCUAUUAUUGGAUCCAUUAAGACAUUCGUGAACUCUUUAUUCGGUAUUAGAGCCUCUAAACUGAUUUUUGAUUCUUUGUUAGAUAGAGUUUUACAUGCUAGGGUUAGAUUUUUUGAUUCAACUCCAAUCGGUAGAAUUAUGAAUAGAUUUUCAAAGGACAUUGAAUCCAUUGAUCAAGAAAUUCCACCUAACAUCCAAAGUGUGUUCUACUCAGCCAUUGAAGUUUUUGCAACUUUGUUGUUGAUAUCUUACAUUACACCUGCAUUUUUCCCAGUUGCGAUUAUUAUUGUUCUAGGCUACUCAAUUGUUGGAUUCUUUUAUUUGACUACAUCAAGGGAACUGAAACGGUUAGAUUCAAUUAGUAAAUCGCCUAUUUUCCAGCAUUUCUCUGAGACCCUUGUUGGGGUAACCACAAUUCGUGCUUUUGGUGACGAGCAAAGAUUUAUUAAGGAGAACUUAUCCAUGAUAGAUCAAAAUAGUAUGCCAUUUUUUUACUUGUGGGUAGUCAAUAGAUGGCUGUCUUUCAGAAUUGAUUUGAUAGGUGCUUUGGUUAUAUUUUCUUCUGGUGUUUUCAUUCUUUUAAACAUUAACAACAUUGAUGCUGGUUUGGCGGGUAUUUCUUUAACCUAUGCUAUCUCGUUCACUGAGGCUGCAUUGUGGUUAGUCCGUCAAUACUCAGAACUUGAAAUGAAUAUGAACUCAGUAGAGCGUGUCCUUGAGUACAUGAAUAUUGAACAAGAACCACUUAUUGCUGAUCCUGCCAAUGCAGUGACACCGCCACCGCAAUGGCCUGACAGUGGUAAGGUGGAAGUUAAUAAUCUAUCAUUGAAAUAUGCACCACAUUUGCCUUAUGUGAUAAAAGAUGUGACAUUUACCAUUGAGCCAUUAGAAAAGGUCGGUAUUGUAGGACGUACUGGUGCAGGUAAAUCUACUAUUAUUACUGCCUUGUUUAGAUUCUUGGAAGCUGACACAGGUUCAAUCAAGCUUGAUGGUGUUAAUAUUGCCAAUAUUGAUUUGAAAAGGUUACGUCGUUCGAUUACUAUAAUUCCUCAGGAUCCUACUUUGUUUGCGGGUAGCAUUCGGAGCAACUUAGAUCCAUAUGACGAAUACUCUGAUGAAGAGAUAUUUACUGCACUAAAGCGUGUCAAUUUGGUUAGUACUGAAGAGAUGGAAGCCAGUACAAGUGAAAUUCAAAGCAACUCUUCUAAGAAUGUUAAUAAGUUUUUGAACCUGGAAAGUGAAAUUGCCGAAGGUGGUAGUAACUUUUCACAAGGUCAAAGGCAAUUGAUGUGUUUAGCGAGAUCAUUACUUCGUAUGCCUAAGGUUAUUUUAUUAGAUGAAGCUACUGCAUCAAUUGAUUACAACUCUGAUGCUAAGAUUCAAGAAACGAUUAGACAGGAGUUUAACAACAGUACGGUUUUGACAAUUGCUCACCGUUUGCGUUCUAUUGUCGACUAUGACAAGAUUCUUGUUAUGGAUGCAGGUGAAGUGAAAGAAUUUGACCAUCCCUAUUCCUUACUAUUAGAAAAGAAAAGUAUUUUCUACAAUAUGUGUGAGGAUAGUGGAGAGUUGGAUGUUCUGAUAGACCUGGCCAAGAAGUCGUUCAUUUCGAGAUUGAACUCUGAUUCCAAGAAAUAA